UUAAGUUUUUCACCAUCUUCUCGUUGUAUUCUGUGCACUUGUUGCUGAAGAUAGCCAAUGAAUUAGAUAAGUUUAACAGGCAAACAUCCCCAAAUGCUUGUUAGUGUAUUUUUUUUUAAUCCACAAUUCUUUGUGUAUUUAGGUGUACUGGAUUACGAGCAGUUGUGUUACAAAGUCUUUGGGAGACUGGGAAAAUUCACAGCCUCCCUCUUCAUCAUCAUGAGGUAUAUUGGAGUCAUGUCGAGCUACCUCUACAUCAUACGAACUACCCACCGUUAUAAAAGCAUUCACAGGAGCCAAUGUCAAACAAUGGUACAUCAUGGUGACUACCUGGUGUUGCUGGUUAGUCUUUGCAUUAUCCUGCCCCUGACACUGCGCAGGGACUUGGGUUGCCUUGGUUACACAAGUGGUCUGCCACUGCUAUGCAUGGUCUUUUUUCUGAUUGUGGUGAUCAUCAAAAAGUUCCAGAUCCCAUGCCCUCUCCCUGAUAUUCACAAUGACAACUCGACUCAUUCGUUGAACAGCUCACACAGCGACAAUACUUCUGACGAGGACACCUGCAGGCCAAAAUACUUUGUCAUCAAUUCACAGAUUCGUACCACUGUCAACCACCUCCUGUGCCCUUCUAAGGGAUUCAGCUGGGUUCGUCACACUACCAUCACUGUGUUCUUGCUGGCUGGCACAAAUGCCCUGGUUAUUUUCGUUCCCACCAUCUUUAGACUUAUAGACAUUUCUGCUGCUGCCAUGCUCAUCUUCAUCCUGCCUUCAGCUUUCUACAUCAGACUGGUCAAGAAAGAGUCCAUGAAGUCUGGGCAAAAGAUCGGGGCAUGCCUCUUCCUCCUCAUCUGUAUCACGGUCAUGUCCAGCAGCAUGAUCCUCAUCAUUCUGGACUGGAUCAAGAACGCCACAAGCGAGGUCUCUCCUGAAACUGUAUUUAGUCUUUAUAACCUGCUGAAGGUCUGCGCAGCGACAACACUACUGCUUUGAGAAGGCCUGCGAGCCUCCCGGUUCCACUUCCCCCACUCAGGGGUUGUGGGAAACUUGAAAUUUUUUCUUUAUGGGAGAAUACUUUGAAUUUUGACCACAUACCUGUUAAACAUGCAAAAAAAAAAAAAAAACAACCUAAGAAACAACUAAAAACAGGUUGCACUCUUGAACACCUUCAACCAAACAAUAACGAACAAGAGAGCUCGACGCGGAUUCCUUCCCACCGAGUGGAGAGCCCGUCGUAGAUGGCACACUGUGCUUCCAACAUUCACACGUCACCGAAAUGUUGUCAUCUAUUUAUGGAAGACCGGAGAUGUGCAGAAAAUGUUGUUUCUGCACAUCUCCGCUUGAGAGUACGUCAACCAACUCUUGACCUCAGCAGCAAAGAAAAAAAAACCUCCAAGCUAAAGCCAACAACAGAAUGUGGAAGAACUACUAUGUUUAGUUGUUUUUUUUUAAUCUCCAAAACACCUAUGCACCGUGCUAAAGAGAGAGACCAAGUUCAGCUUAGAUAGACCCAGGCCAUAUUUUGCUGUAAUACCAUUCUGUACCAUAAGAUGGUGCAGCAGGUUAAUGUAAAAUUUAUUAUCAAUGAAAAUAAAAUUUUAUUUACAACAGUGUGAGAAAAGGAAAAGCUUCAUGAGGGGAAAGGUGCAGUUAAAAAAACAAGCUGUCAAAAAAAAAAAAAAAAACCAGCAACAGCCCUUUUAAAAAUUAAAAACACUGCCCACUGGUGGAUGAAGUUUUAGUUGCAAUUUGCAAAAAGUACCUUUGAGGGCUUUGUUUUAGAAAUGUAAGCCAAUCAAUGCCUGUAGGAGGCAGUGUUUAAUUCAAAUAAAAGAAAAGUUAAAACACACACGUCUUUCAGAUUCUUUAGUAUUUAACAAAGUGAGUGUUUGUUCACAUGGAGACAACUUCAACUCCACUGUCUUUUAAAAAUGAAGCAGUGGGCUCAGAUAAUUUUGAGUUUUAGUUUAUUUCUCCAGAGAAAGAUUUCUGCAGAGCUGAAACACCAGCUUGACAAUGCUGCCCCCAAGCUGACGGAGGUUGACAUUGUGCUCCAAGGAUCAGACACCGAGGUUCAUCCAUGGCACCAAUUCAGUUGGCUUAAGCGCUGUGUGUGUGUUUAGGCCAAGGAAGAUGAGUUUUUCACUGCAACUUGUUUUACUGAAGCUAUGCAAGUGUGUUGAGACUUCAUUUCAGGAUUUGUGUGGUGUGUACCCUGAAUAGUUUUAAGGGGCAGGUCAAAAUGAAACUUCAUUCUGAUGCAAGAAUACCUUUAACAGCUGGUCAAUCUGCCAUCGUAACUGAAAGUCCAGAGGUUACGUUUCUGAUAUUUGCAGGGUUUGACUGCCAUUUUUUAAGCACAAAUUGGG